AUGAAGUCCGUCUUUACCUUCCUCGUGCUGCUGCUCGUGGCUGUCGUGCAGGCUGUCAGCUCCACGGGUAGCAGGCUCCUCGUGAUUCUAAACGAUGUCGACGAGAAAAAUGACUACUCGAAGUUCUUUGGCGAUUUGACGAAACGAGGAUUCGAGAUCACCUACGAGACGCCCAAGAGCGAAUCUCUCUCCCUGAUCCAUCUCGGCGAGAGGACUUACGACCAUGUCCUCGUGCUCCCAACCAAGGUCAAGGCCCUCGGACCUAAUCUCACACCCAACAUCCUCGUCGAUUUCAUGAACGCCCAUGGCAACAUCCUCGUCGCGCUCUCCUCCGAAACCACCAUCUCCUCCUCCAUCACUGCCCUUCUCGCCGAGCUUGACAUCGCCGUCCCCGCCGAGCGCACCGGCCUCGUCGUCGAUCACUUCAACUACGAUGCUGCUUCCGCCUCGGAGAAGCACGAUGUCCUUCUCCUCGCCCCUCCCGCUCCCCUACGACCCGGAGUUCAGACCUACUUCACGCCCGCGGAGACCAUCUCCGAGCUCAUCGCCUUCCCCCGCGGUGUCGGCCACACGCUGGGCCAGGGCCCUCUUCUCAACCCCGUCCUGAGGGCACCCAGCACCGCCUACAGCUACGAUCCGAAGGAGCAGGCCGAUGGUGUUGAUCCCCAGGACCUCUUUGCUGUUGGCGCGCAGCUUGGCCUUGUCUCCACCAUGCAGAGCCGCAACUCGGCGAGGUUCGCCAUUGUCGGAUCUGCUGAGAUGCUCACGGACAAGUGGUUCGACGCCAAGGUGAAGAAGAUCGGCGACAAGGAGGUUGCCACCUGGAACAGGGAGUUCGCUAAGCGCGUCUCUGGCUGGACGUUCCAGGAGAUUGGUGUCCUCCGUGUCAAUUCGAUCGAGCAUCGUCUCAACGAGGCCGGCGCCACCGAAACCAACCCCAAGGGCUACAGGAUCAAGAACGAUGUGACCUACACAAUAUCUCUAUCCGAGUACUCGUGGAACAAGUGGACUCCCUACCUCGUGCCCGACGGCGACGAGCUCCAGCUGGAAUUCACCAUGCUCUCGCCCUUCCACCGCCUCAACCUCAGCCGCGCCAAGAUCACCGGCCAGGCCUGCACCUACUCUGUCGCCUUCAAGCUCCCGGACCAGCAUGGUAUCUUCAACUUCAUGGUCAAUUACAAGCGACCUUUCCUCACGAACAUCGAGGAGAAGAAUACCGUCCCCGUGAGGCAUAUGGCCCACAACGAGUGGGUUCGGCCCUUUGAUAUCCCGGCCGCGUGGCCCUGGAUCGGCGGCAUCGGCGCCACUGUUGUCGGCUUUGUCGCGUUUUCCGCUCUCUUCCUUUACAGCAAGCCUACGGAUCUUAAAGGGGAGACCAAGAAGAAGCAGUAG